AUGUAUAGCAUACACGCAUCAGCACAACACCCACCAAUCUUCCCACUUGCAAUGCAACUCAAAGAAAACAGGGUCUGGAUCGACGGGUGCUUCGACUUCACGCACCACGGCCACUCGGGAGCCAUACUGCAGGCCAGAAGAACGAUCCCUCUGGACCAGCAGCAAGGAGCAGCGUUGAUCUGCGGCGUGCACAAUGAUGCCGACAUCGAGUUCAACAAGGGGGGCAAGCCAGUGAUGCAAGAAGAAGAACGGUACGAGCACACUUUGAGCAACCGAUGGUGCGAUGAAAUAGUGCGCGAUGCGCCGUAUGUGACAGACCACCGGGUCUUGGACGCAUAUGGGUGCAAGUACGUGGUUCACGGGGACGACAUAACGUUGGACCACGAUGGGAAGGACUGUUACCAGGAGAUGAAGGACAUGGGCCGGUUCAAAGUGGUGAAGAGGACCGAGGGAGUGAGUACGACAGAGAUUAUAGAUAGAAUAUUGCGCGACAAGGGACAAAACCCGCACACGGGCGAGGUGGACAGCGAGGCAUUGAAGCGGUACAGCAGCGAUAAAUCAGGGUACAGGCCAUGGUGUUGGGUAUUUGGGCGUGAUUUUGACGAUGUGGUUGUAGAAGGGCGCGGCCAAUUGGGGAACGGGAAUCAAUGGACCGUUGUACAAGAGUCCGAUGGCUUUGAUCUGUUCAAUGUGGGCCACAUCCAGCAAUUGCGAAAGCUCAAGGAACAGGGCAAGCUUGUGUGUUGCAGCAUGGGGACAGAUCCAGCACGCCAUGUGUACAUGACACUCGAGGAAAGAUGUUUGAGCGUGUUGAGCUGCGAAUACGUGGAUGCAGUAGUGCUAAAACCUGAACCGCAACUAACAGCAGGACAUAGUACUAGUACUGACACGGUCACGAUCACCACCUCGCUUAAACCCGAAAUCAUAAACCGAAUCAGCGUUAACAGAGAUCAUUAUGUUAAAAGAAAUAUAAAAAAGGGCGUUACGUAUGAUCAUUAG